AUCAUCGAAGCAAGUCAAGGUUGUUGGCUGUUUGACCCUGACCCUUUCCCACAUUCAUCCACCCGGGGCUGACCGAAAAGUCGUUCAACCCCAUUGUUCAAGCAUUGGCACCCACCCCUCGAUUGGCACCCCGCAUUAUCAAUGGAUACACUGUUGGAGCUCUUAGAUCCCCUUCCAUCUCCUGCGCUCACGUUGAUGUCUCCAAAUGACGCUGCGCGUCACGUUAAAUAUUUCACACUCAGAUAUCUCGUGUCCCGUUUUAGGGACAAACUUGUGCAAGAGUUAGGCGUUCGCAAAGGAGAUGUCAUUGCUUCAUCGUUAGUCAAUGGCUUAGAGUUUGUCGUGACAUUUUUGGGGACUGGCAUUGCCAGAGCCAUUGCAGCACCUCUAAACCCAACCUAUUCCGUUGACGAAGUGAAGUUUUACCUUGAAGAUACGAAACCAACGCUUCUCGUCCUCCCCGUCUUAUCAACACUCUAUCCAGGUUCGGGCAUCUCAAAAGGCGCUCAAAAUGCCUUACAAGCCGCAAAAGAAGUGGGUGUGCGAGUAGCGGAAAUCUCUAUACUUGAAGAAGAUAGAGAUAUUUUGCUCAGAGUGAUCUAUCGGUCGGGGCUUUUUUCAGGUGUGAAGGAUGCUGGGAGGAAAUUGGCGACGGUUGGGGUGCCGAUUAGGGGCACAAAGCUUUAUAAGUAUGAGAAUCCUUCUCCAGAUGAUAUCACGCUCGUCCUUCAUACAUCAGGAACAACUGGACGUCCAAAAAGUGUUCCCCUCUCCCACCUAAAUCUAAUCACAACGAUGGAAAACAUAACUCAAACCUAUUCCCUCCAGCCUACAGAUAAAUCCCUCCUCGUUAUGCCACUCUUCCACGUCCACGGUCUCUUAGCAGGUCUCCUCUCUCCCUUACGUUCUCGUGGGACCGUUGUUAUCCCUACGCCCUCGCUCUCCGGCUCACCCUUCUCGGCAUCGACGUUCUGGAAGGAUUUUAUCUCUGAGGGAUGCACGUGGUACACAGCCGUACCAACAAUCCAUACCAUCCUUCUGAACACCCCACUUCCGAAUACAUUGCCCAAGAUAAAGUUUAUACGAAGCUGCAGUAGUUCCUUGAGCCCGAGUACUUUGAGGGCACUCGAGGAGAGAUUCAAGGCGCCUGUAUUGGAAGCGUAUGCAAUGACGGAGGCUGCACAUCAGAUGACGUCUAAUUUAGCUCCGUUCAGUCGUGUGAAGAGUGAAAAGGGAGAAGGAGGAGAAAGGGUGCCGGGAACCGUUGGGGUUGGCGUCGGUGUGGAGGUUUGCAUCAGAGACGUGGGUAAUGGGAGAGAGGUCAAGAGGGGUGAAUUGGGCGAGGUUUGUGUCAGAGGGAAGAAUGUUACGAAGGGAUAUUGGGCUGGCGAGAGUGUGAAUAGGGAGGCAUUCUGGGAAGGGGGUUGGUUUAGAACGGGAGAUCAAGGGUUCAUCCAACCAAAUCCACCCCACCAUCUUCAAUUAACAGGACGCCUCAAAGAACUUAUAAAUAGAGGGGGAGAAAAGGUAUCACCUUUGGAGAUCGAUCAUGCGUUGUUGGGGAUCAAAGGUGUAGGAGAGGCUGUUGCGUUUGGUGUUCCUGAUGAUAAGUAUGGAGAAAUCGUUUGGGCGGCUGUUGUGCUCAAGAGUGGCAAUGCUGGUGAAGCGUUGGGGAAGAACGGGGAUGAAGUGGAGAAGAGACUUCAAGGGGAGUUGGGGACCAAGUUGUCCAAGUUCAAAAUUCCCACCAGGAUCCUCGUUACGGAGUCUAUCCCGAAAACCGCGACAGGAAAGGUACAACGUAGGCACGUCCGAGAUGCCUUUUUGGGUCGGGAAAAACGGUCUAGCGCUGUCAAGGCGAAGUUAUAGG